AUGGAACUCAACCGAGAACGUUUUCGACCCAUAAUUUAUUACAACUUUCAGAGACAAGUAUCGCAACAAGAAUGCCUUGCUGAGUUACUGUCUGUUUUCGGCAACGAAGCACCACAUCAGUCGACAAUUUCCCGUUGGUAUGGAGAAUUCAGACGUGGACGGGUGAGUCUUAGCGACGAUCCCAGGGUGGGUGCACCAAAAACGGCAGUCACGCAGGAAAACGUCGAUGCUGCGCGCAAACUCAUCGUUGAAGAUAGACAUGCGACAUAUCGCGAAAUUGAGGGGUCCUUGAAGAUCUCAAAGACCUCAAUUCAAAAAAAUUUACAUGAAGGAUUAGGAGUAAGAAGAUUAGUUUCUCGUUGGAAACCCCACCUGUUGACUGAAGAGCAGAAAGCAGCCAGGGUUAAUUGGUGUGAAGAAAAGCCAACAAAGGUCAUCCGUUCUCGAUUUGUUUCGAAAAAGAUGGUCGCGACAUUUGUGUCAAAAGCGAGUCAUACUGCAACAAUUCCUCUUAAUGAGCAAAUAACUCUUCGAAAAAUCAACCUCGAAAGAAGAAGAAUCAUACUCCACCAAGACAAUGCAAGCCCACACACAGCCCAAAAAACAAGGCAGUAUUUAACGGUAGAAAACGUGGAAUUAUUGGACCAUCCUUCAUAUAGUCCCGAUCUAAUCACCGGAAGAAGCAGUGACGCAUUCAAAAAUGCCGUUUUGGAUCUGCCAGCAAACGAGUGGAAUAAGUGCUUCGAAAAUUGGUUCGAGCGCAUGCAGAUGUGUAUUAAUCUUCGUGGAGAAUACUUCGAAAAACAAUAA